AACAGAGAGUUCAUUUCAAGAUAAAUACAACCAACCGCCUACGUACGUAACAGAGACAAGAACAAUGGCCAAACACCUUGGCUUCAUAGGUUGCUCCAUUAUUGUUGCACUGUCUUUAUUAUUUUCAGCAACAGAGGCAAGACAAUACCAUGUUGGUGACAGCUUUGGAUGGAACACCCCUCCUAAUCAGACCUUCUAUUCAGACUGGGCCAGCUCCAAGACCUUCUUCGUUGGAGACUCACUGGUGUUCAACUGGACUGGAAACCAGAACGUGGCUGAUGUAACAAUGGCGGAAUACAACAACUGCACCGACGUGACGAGUGUGUUCACCGGUCCGAGUGGGACGGUGUUUACGAUCAACCUGUUGAAUCCAGGGCGUCGCUACUUCAUUUGCACCGUCGAUGAUCACUGUGAAAGAGGCCAGAAGUUCAGUAUCAACGUGGAGUGGCCCAUCUCUUCUGGUCUCUCCCCUUCAGCUCAACCAACACCAUUUAGUUCUGCUCCAACUCUGUCUUAUGGGAUCUUGUCGGCAUUUCUCUCAAUCAUUGCUGUCUAUUUCUUCACCUGCGUCUAGGUUUAUAUAGUGUCUCAUUGAUAAUUAGAGACUACAUUUGUUUCUUUGUAUUCGUUAAAUGUCUGAUUCUUCGGUAUGUGCAGUGUUUUUCUAGUUUCAAUAAUAGAUGUACUGUUAUGACAUGUAUGAGACUUUAAGAUGAAUAAAGCAGUUUAUUGUGAUUCA